AUGUGUUUUUCUAAACAAAGAGAGAGGUGGAAGCGACGGCUUGGCACGAUGGAGUUUCUCUCUUUAAACAAUAGGAUUCAUCUUUAAAGCUCGUUCCUUUUUUCUUCUCUCAAACAACCAAAACGACGGAUUUUUGCUGCGAUCUCUAUUCAAAGGAAUGAUGGUUUUGUUCAGCCGCUGCAGACUGCUUUUCUCAUAUCUUGCGCUCGCGUUGCUGGAUUGUGACUCGGGAGCGGCGUCGGUACAGCUCGCCUAUUCCGUGUCGGAGGAAGUAAACCUGGGAACUAAUGUUGGGAAUAUCGCAAAGGAUCUAAGCCUCAAUGUGCGGGAUUUAGAGAGCCGAUUAUUCCAAAUAGUAGCAUCCAAGAAGAAGUAUUUUGAGAUCAAUUUAAGGACCGGAUUCCUGUUUGUUAACGAGCGGAUCGACCGAGAGGAGCUUUGUGCGGAGGAGCCCACAUGCUCCGUUACUGUGGAGGCUGUGAUAAACAAUCCAUUAAAGCUUUACCGAGUGGAAAUAGAAAUCAAAGAUGUGAACGAUCAUUCUCCGUCCUUUAAUACAAAGUUACAAACACUGGACAUCGCGGAAAAUACAGUACCGGGAUUUAGGUUCGCUUUGUCAGAGGCAAACGAUGCUGAUGUGGGUAAAAACGCUGUCACGGCCUAUAAGCUCAGUCAGAAUGAAUAUUUUAAUCUGGUGACACAUAAAAGAGGAGACACUAUUUCUCCAGAAUUGGUGCUACAGAAAGCUUUAGAUCGAGAGAAAAGACCAAACAUAGAACUGUUGUUAACAGCAGUAGAUGGGGGGUCUCCGCCAAAAUCAGGCACGUCACAAAUUAAAAUAAAUGUGCUAGAUAAUAAUGAUAACGCACCCGUCUUUAGUAGCAGUCUUUACAAAAUCAGGAUACUGGAAAAUGUUCCAGUUGGCUCAAAAAUAUUUACAUUAAAUGCGACUGAUGCUGAUGAAGGAACAAACAGUGAAAUAGUUUACUCUCUGAGGAGCAAAGAUCAGGAUCAUAUUUUGGAUGCUUUUGAAAUUGACCCAGAAACAGGAAUUAUUUCAGUAAAAGGGAAAAUAGACUAUGAAGAGAGAAAGGCAUUUGAAAUCCGAGCAGAAGCAAGAGACAAAGGCCAGCCUCCCAUGUCUGCGCAUAGUAAAGUUCUCGUAGAAGUGAUUGAUUUAAAUGAUAAUACUCCAGAAGUCACCGUGACGUCCCUGCUCUCUUCAGUAAAUGAGGAUGCUGAUGUUGGAACUGCCAUAGCCCUGGUGUCAGUUCUAGAUCAGGACAGUGGUAAAAAUGGUGAAGUGAAGUGUGAGAUUUUAAAUGUUGUCCCUUUCAGACUGGACACCAACUAUAAGAAUUAUUAUUCUUUAGUUGUUAAUGGAAAGCUUGACAGGGAACUUACUUCAAAGUACAAUGUCACAAUAUCAGUAAAGGAUGAAGGCACACCUGCUCUUUCAAAUAUUUCUGUGGUAACAGUUUACCUGUCAGAUGUAAAUGAUAAUGCCCCAUAUUUUCCAAGUGCUGUUAUAAACAUCUAUGUGAACGAAAAUGAAAAAAUAGGAACAGUUAUUGGAAAGGUGUCAGCAGUAGAUGCUGAUGUAGACACCAAUGCUAAGGUAAGCUAUUCUGUUUUGGAUGCACAUGCAAGCUCCAUACUUCUAACCACAAUGAUUCAUAUUAACCCAGAAACAGGAGAGAUAAUCAGCCUUCAGUCUUUUGAUUAUGAGAAGCUGAAAACGUUCCAGUUCAAAGUUCAGGCCACAGACUCUGGUGUUCCUCCGCUCAGCAGCAACGUGACUGUGAACGUUUUUGUUCUGGAUGAAAAUGACAACAGUCCCUCCAUUCUUGCUCCUUACUCUGAGCACGGCUCCGUUAACAGCGAGAACAUCCCAUAUUCUGCUGAAGCGGGAUACUUUGUGGCAAAGAUCAGGGCUGUGGACGCAGACUCUGGAUACAAUGCUCUGCUUUCUUAUCACCUGUCUGAGCCCAAAGGAAACAACCUGUUCCGGAUGGGAACCAGCAGCGGGGAGAUCAGGACUAAGAGGAGAAUGAGCGACAAUGACCUGAAAAGUCACCCCUUGCUGGUGCUGGUUUGUGAUCAUGGAGAACCUUCUCUGUCAGCUACUGUGUCCAUUGAGGUGGUGGUUCUGGAAAGCAGCGCUGACAUGCAGACUCCGUUCAGACACGUGCCUCUAAAGGAGGACAGCUUCUCGGAUUUGAACCUGUACCUGCUGAUCGCCAUAGUGUCGGUGUCCGUCAUCUUUCUGCUGAGUCUCAUCAGUUUGAUGGCUGUCAGAUGCCACAGGACAGACGCAAGUUUCAGCAGGUACAGCGCUCCAAUGAUCACCACCCACCCUGACGGGAGCUGGUCUUACUCCAAAGCUACUCAGCAGUACGACGUGUGUUUCAGUUCGGAUACUCUCAAGAGUGAUGUGGUGGUUUUCCCCGCACCGUUUCCUCCUGUAGAUGCAGAACUGAUCAGUAUAAAUGGAGCCGACACUUUUACCAGAACUCAGACUUUACCCAACUCAGAGAAGGUAAGAACAUCACUUUUACGUCACAUUUAA